UCCAUCUCAAAGCCUCUUCCCAGACAUUUCUAACCACUGAACUCAUCUCACUACAUUAAUAUUCCCUUGGGUUUCAUUAAUUGUGACAUUUAGCUUUUUUUAUUGAACCGUGUCAAUGGCCGCUACUAUGAAGGCUUUAGCUUUUGUUGCUUUGCUUGUUACCAUUAAUGCAAUAGUGUGUGAAAGUAGAGUGGCGAGAAAGGACCUUGGAUUGGACCUUGGUGGGGUGGGAAUUGGGGUGGGUGCUGGGGUUGGACUAGGCCUUGGUGGUGGGGGUGGUGCUGGUUCUGGUGCAGGUGCAGGCUCUGGCUCUGGCUCUGGCUCUUCGUCAUAUUCAAGUUCUGGCUCCUCUUCUUCUUCAUCAGGGUCAGGCUCUGGAGCAGGUUCUGAAGCUGGUUCCUAUGCAGGAUCUCAUGCUGGCUCAGGCUCCUCUAGAGCGGGUUCUGAAGCAGGUUCAUACGCAGGGUCUCAUGCAGGAUCAGGAUCAUACGGUGGUAAUGGAAAGUAAUUAAUUAAAUGCAUGCCAGUUAAACCAUAUCAAUUAUAUGCAUGCUGUCCUGUGGAGAAAAGAACAAGUCGGUGUCUUUGUUAGUUCACUAGAAUUAUACUUUAGUAAGUAAGCAAAAAUAAGUUGAUGCAUGUGUUGUGUCCAUCCUGUUCUUUUUCUUUUGUACAAGUAGGAAUCGUGCUUCUCCCUGUGUCCAAUAUGCAAUAGUUUCCUUGAAAGGUGGUUGAAUAAUAAUUAAAUCAUGUAUACGUGUCUGUUACUUUGUUAUUGGUUUAUCCAGUGACAAUUCUAUAAUAUAUCAACUAUGGCUUUUAUAAGUA